UCACUCUCCAAGAUCCAUCUAUCGAACAAAACAAUGGGGUUUCGUCUGCCACGCAUUGUUAAUGCCAAGAGAAUUCUCGGAGCAUCAUCUCCCAUGACAACUGAUGUUCCCAGGGGAUACUUUGCGGUUUACGUAGGAGAAAACCAGAAGAGAUUUGUGAUACCUGUGUCCUACUUGAACAACCCUUCGUUUCAAGAGUUACUCAGUCGAUCGGAAGAAGAGUUCGGAUACGUUCAUCCCACCGGUGGUCUCAGAAUUCCCUGUGGUGAAGACGCUUUCGUCCAUCUUACUUCUCGGCUCGCUUGAACUGAAUUAGCUAGCAUAUAUUGGGUCAAUGAAUACUGCUUUUUCUUUUGGUUUUUUAAAAGGAAACACCAUUGCUACCAUGUACAACUUUUUUUCCACCUCGUUGGUUUGCCUUGGAAAAAGGUAAACGAGUCGCCUAAGUGGGAGACUAGAGGUGGAUUUAUUUAUUUU